AGCUGGAGAGGAGGUGUUUUAUCAGGGGCAGAUAGUGCAGGCAGUGAGGCGGUGAGUGUAGGGCGAGUGUGUGUGAUGGGAACGCAGCCUUGUAAGGAAGUAAAGGGAGGAGGAGGAGGACGAUAAGCAGCAGCUCUGCACCGCUGGCCAUGUUUAGAGCCUCUUGGCCAUCCUGCACUGCCACAAACAAUGCCUGCUUCUGCUAAAUUUAAAUCUGGACAGCUUAUCGUCCUGCUCGCUACGCCACGCUCACUCACACGCUCACACUCACACACUCACUCACACGCUCACACUCACACAGCCGCUGGAUCCUCACAGUAAGACGCUUUAUCCUGGUCCGAGUGGCGGUGGAUCCGGAGUUUAUCCUGGGAAUGCUGGGCGUGAGGCGGGAAUACAACCUGGAGGAAACACCAGUCCAUCCGGUAAGAUAAGGGCAGAUCAGGAAUAAAAUACCUCCUCAGGAAAAUGGGACAAUCAGACACUCCAUCCUUCCAUCCUUUAACCCUAAAACUCGCUCUGUUCUUCAUAUUUUUAUCCCACGAGCUCCAGCAUGUUGCUGCUGGAGGCUCCAAGCUUCAUGAAGAUUCAUUUCCAGCCAAUAACACAGAAACCUGCUCAGGUAGUUAUGACUGUAAAGAAGGAGUGAUCCUGCCAAUAUGGAGGCCAGAAAACCCGUCGUUUGGAGACAAGCUGGCGAGAGCCACCAUCUAUUUCGUUGCGAUGGCGUACAUGUUCCUCGGGGUCUCCAUCAUUGCAGACCGUUUUAUGGCGUCCAUUGAGGUCAUCACAUCACAAGAGAAGGAAAUCACCAUCAAGAAGCCGAACGGGGAAACCACAACCGCGACGGUCCGCAUCUGGAACGAAACCGUGUCCAAUCUGACCCUAAUGGCUUUGGGAUCAUCUGCUCCAGAGAUCAUGCUCUCUGUCGUUGAGGUUUGUGGACACAACUUUGAUGCAGGUGAGCUGGGGCCGAACACCAUCGUGGGCAGCGCCGCCUUCAACAUGUUCGUCAUUAUCGGACUUUGUGUUUCCGUCAUCCCAGACGGCGACCAUCGUAAAGUGAAACACCUCAGAGUGUUCUUCGUAACUGCAGCUUGGAGUAUCUUCGCUUACACCUGGCUGUACCUGAUCCUGGCUGUGAUUUCUCCAGGUGUCGUGGAGGUGUGGGAGGGUCUACUGACGCUCUUCUUCUUCCCCAUAUGCGUGGUGUUCGCAUGGGUCGCCGACCGCAGACUUCUCUUCUACAAAUAUGUUUAUAAAAGGUACAGAGUCGGGAAGCAGCGAGGAAUGAUCAUUGAGACCGAAGGAGAACCGGAACUCCAGUCGAAAACAGACGUCGAAAUGGACGGACAGAUGAUCAGCUUUCUAGAUGGAACUGUGGAUACGGCUGUGGAGAUGGACGAGGAGGAAACCAGGAGAGAAAUGGCAAGGAUUUUAAAGGAAUUGAAACAGAAACAUCCAGAAAAAGACAUGGAGCAGCUUGUGGAGAUCGCUAACUACCAACUUCUCAGCCAGCAGCAGAAGAGUCGAGCGUUUUAUCGCUGCCAGGCCACGAGGCUGAUGACCGGUGCAGGAAACAUCCUGAAGAAACAUGCAGCAGAUCAGGCCAGAAGAGCACUGGGCAACUAUGAACUACGAUCUGAGGUUUCCGAAAAUGAUCUCUCAUCAAAGAUCUUCUUCGAUCCUGGUUCAUACCAGUGUUUGGAAAACUGUGGCUCAGUAGCUCUGAACGUGGUUCGACGUGGAGGCGACUUGACCAGCACGGUUUCUGUGAACUACCGAACGGAAGACGGCACCGCCAACGCGGGCUCAGAUUACCGGUUCACAGAGGGCGUCGUCAUCUUCAAACCGGGUGAGACCGAGAAGGAAAUCCAAGUGGAAAUCAUCGAUGAUGACAUCUUUGAAGAAGAUGAGCAUUUCCUGGUCCACCUGAGCAACGUCAGGGUUCUGUCUGAGGGAACAAACCAUGAGGAUUCGAUGUCCAAUCACGUGGACAGCCUGGCAGGACUGGGACUUCCAUCCACCGCCACGGUGACCAUCUUUGAUGAUGAUCACGCUGGGAUCUUUAUGUUUGAGGAACCAGUGAUGCAUGUCAGCGAGAGCAUCGGGGUGAUGGAGGUGAAGGUGGUGAGGAUGUCUGGAGCUCGAGGGGUCGUUGUGGUUCCAUAUAAAACCAUCGCGGGAACGGCUAAAGGGGGAGGUGAGGACUUUGAGGAUACCUACGGAGUCCUGGAGUUCCAGAACGACGAAAUCUCUAAAUCUGUUCAGAUCAAUAUUAUCGAUGACGAGGAGUACGAAAAGAACAAGAACUUCUUCAUGGAGAUCGGAGAGCCGCAACUGGUGGAGAUGAGUGAGAGGAAAGCUGUCUUACUGCAUGAGUGUGGUGGCUUCAUAAAGACAGACAAGCAGCUGUUUGGGAGAGAUGUGUACAGGAAGGUGCAGGGUAGAGACAAACCAAUCUCCUCUGACAUCAUCACCAUCACAGAUGAGGAAGUGAAGCGUUCUCUCUCUCAGAAGGAGGAGGAGGAGAUGAGGAUCGCUGAGCUGGGACGGCCGUCUUUAGGAGAAAAUUCUCGACUGGAAGUCAUCAUCGAGGAGUCCUACGAGUUCAAGAGCACAGUAGAUAAAUUAAUAAAGAAAACGAACUUGGCUCUGCUGGUGGGGACAAACAGCUGGAGAGAGCAGUUUGUGGAGGCCAUUACAGUCAACUCAGGAGGUGAUGAUGAUGAUGAUGAUGAAGAGUGCAGAGAAGAGAAGCUGCCGUCGUGUUUUGAUUACGUCAUGCACUUCCUGACCGUCUUCUGGAAGGUGGCGUUUGCGUUCGUUCCUCCCACUGAUUACUGGAACGGCUGGGCGUGUUUCAUCGUGUCCAUCUGCAUGAUCGGCCUGCUCACGGCCGUCAUCGGAGACCUCGCCUCACACUUCGGCUGCACCAUCGGCCUGAAGGACUCGGUCACCGCCGUCGUGUUCGUCGCCCUCGGCACCUCCGUCCCAGACACGUUUGCGAGUAAAGUGGCGGCGAUACAGGAUCAGUAUGCAGAUGCGUCCAUCGGGAACGUGACGGGCAGUAACGCCGUGAACGUGUUCCUGGGUAUCGGCGUGGCCUGGUCCAUCGCUGCCAUCUUCCACCAGUGGCACGGUAAGGAAUUUAAAGUGUCCCCGGGAACGCUCGCCUUCUCUGUCACGCUCUUCACCAUCUUCGCCUUUGUGUGCAUCGCCGUGCUCAUGUACCGGCGCCGACCCAACAUCGGCGGCGAGCUGGGGGGGCCGCGGGGGGCCAAAAUCCUCACCACCGGCCUGUUCUUCAGCCUGUGGCUCCUCUACAUCAUCCUGUCCUCACUCGAGGCCUACUGCAUCAUCAAGGGCUUCUGAACACACACACGCAGAACAUCCUAGCUUUAUUUAAAGAGAUUGAUACCGGAAGUGACAUCAUCGUCACGUAGUUAGAGACUCACUGCAUCAUCAAGGACUUCUGAGCAUGAACACCAGCAAGAAAACACAACUGGACUAUAAAUAAUCAGUGCUAUAAAUCAAACAGAGAAACAAAAGGGCAGGAAAUGACAUCAUGUUAAUGUCACUCAAACCCGACUGCAUCAUUACAGGUUUUUAAAAUGAAGCAACAAACAACAUGAUUAAAUUUUUCAGGGUCAGAAAAAAACUGAGAGACGUCUGGAGCAGCCAUUAAUGCUGUUAGUGUGAAUGUGUUAAAUGUGUUAAAUGUGUUAGUGUUAUUGUGUGGGUUUGUCACCAUCAGUGCCUACUUCCUGUCACAUGACUGAGCAAAUGACCUUUGACCCUGUAGCAAGCAAUAUCUCAUUCACUCUUCUACAGACUUUUCCAUGACUUCGGGAGAACAGAUUCCGCAUGUGUCUCACUCUCAAACUGCUUCAACAUUCUGUAAAACAGAAAGAAUUGUUCAGCAGCCGCACUGCUGAUGAGCUGAAGCUUGCGUUGUCUCGGAGACGCUGCUGUCAAUCAUUCUGUGACGUGACACGCCCACAGUGCUCUGAUUAGCAGGAAACUGUAUUUCUGUAGUGUUGAACUAAAAGUAAAUUAUAGUUAAGGAUCUGUAUUUCUUGAAUCCACUGUUGGUGAAUGUUUAGGAACUUCAGUAUCACAGUGAAAGUCUUUAACCUGAGACAUGUUUAUGUGUGAUGUCUGCAGUAGGAAUCUCCUGCUCGUUGUCUGUAGCUAGCAUAACUCUGAGGUUAAAGCUGAUCUGAGUGGCGGCGUGUUUGAUAUGAACGUAUGAAUACACACAAAUCUGACUCCACCUACUCAUUCUAACUCCACCCCAUAUGAUAACCCCACACAUUGCAUGUCUUAUGCCUGAAAAUGAGAUUUUGCCCAUUUUGUCUGCAAAUCAAAUGUAUUUCUGCUAAGAUAAAAACACUUAGUGCAGUGCAUCGCUGUCUGUAGUCAGAAUGAACCGAGCUGUAACUACGGCUCAGAGCAGCAGAGUGAGGAUCGCUAUUCAGGAGCUGUGAGUAAGAACCAAUAUGCAGAAUCAAAAAAAUGCAGAUCACAAGUCCUCGAUUCCUUUCACUUCUCAUUUGCAUAAAGUUUAUUCAUAACUUCAACUUUCUCAUUCGCCCCGCCCACUUAUUCUCACUGUUGCUCCGCCUCCUGUGGCUGUAAAUAACAUCCAGGCACUUUAUCAUGUCAGGCCACUGCUGAUGACACCAACCCCACCCCUAACCCUGCCCCUCACCAUAGCCCCGCCCACACACAUGACCCCACCCCUAACCCUGCCCCUCAUCAUAGCCCCGCCCACACACAUGACCCCACCCCUAACCCUGCCCCUCACCAUAGCCCCGCCCACACACAUGACCCCACCCCUAACCCUGCCCCUCAUCAUAGCCCCGCCCACACACAUGACCCCACCCCUAACCCUGCCCCUCACCAUAGCCCCGCCCACACACAUGACCCCACCCCUAACCCUGCCCCUCAUCAUAGCCCCGCCCACACACAUGACCCCACCCCUAACCCUGCCCCUCAUCAUAGCCCCGCCCACACACAUGACCCCACCCCUAACCCUGCCCCUCAUCAUAGCCCCGCCCACACACAUGACCCCACCCCUAACCCUGCCCCUCAUCAUAGCCCCGCCCACACACAUGACCCCACCCCUAACCCUGCCCCUCAUCAUAGCCCCGCCCACACACAUGACCCCACCCCUAACCCUGCCCCUCAUCAUAGCCCCGCCCACACACAUGACCCCACCCCUAACCCUGCCCCUCAUCAUAGCCCCGCCCACACACAUGACCCCACCCCUUCGCCCAGACCUUGUCUAUCAAAUGUGUGGAUGCUGUUCAUAGACUAGGGUUUACUGAAAGGAUGUGACUUUAUUACGUUUGAUAUGUAGAACAUCUGCUACUGUGUGUGUGUGUGUGUGUGUGUGUGUGUGAAACAGCUCUGGGAUCAGACAGAAGGAGUGAAGAAUUAAAAAGCCAUCCAUGCAGUCAGGUGCAGGAGUCUGAGAGCACUAAUGACAAAUGCUCAUAUUUCAGGAUAAAACAGACACACACACACACACGCACACGCACACUUGAGUCUCAGUGAGCGUGAAAAUAAUUAAUACUUUUUGUUAUUUGAUCUGAUUUGUUAUUUGAUCUGAUUCGGUUUCACACUGCACCCAUUGCCCAUAAUAAAUGAAAAAAAAAACUGCAGAAGGGGCGGAGCUAAAAGUGUGUUAUUUAUUAUGCAGAAAUUUAUACAUUUAAAAUUAUGCAUUUAAUAAGUGUUAUAGGCCUCUUUUGUCUAUUACUGUGACCUUAAAAAAUACUUCCAGCAUGAAACUAUAGGUCACUUAUUAUCUUAUUACAAGAAAAUUUCCUCCAGCAUUUAAAAUAUAUGAAGCCUGAAUUUAUGGGCGUGGGAAAAUGACGUGCGCAUGCGCAGAAACUCAGCAGGCCAUCUGGAUAAUUGGGACAAUUUGUUAGAACACUGGUGCUAAAUAAUUAAAUAAUAAUACAACCAUUUAGUUUAAAAUAUGGGCGUUUUUUCGUUCUACAUGUCCUAAAUCACAUUUCUGCAGUUCACAUCAAAGAAAAAACACACGGCAUGUUUGAUUCACUUCCUGCAGGUGAGUCGAUUCAGAGUCGAAUCACUUUCUUAGUGCAGUUGAAUCGCGCUAAAGUUUGCUUGGAAAACACAGAGGGUUUAAUUGAGACAGGAGCACUGCACUAAAGCAGUGUGAGUGUUUAAUCAGUGAUGAAGAUGAUGAUGAUGAUGAUCAGGAGUCGGUUAGUGCUCUCACACUUGUGGACCUGACUCAGUGUGCAUGUUCAUAUAAACACAGCACUUUUAUAUCCUGUAUAUAGUGUACAGCAGGGUUCUGACUUUAAAUAUGCAGAAUAUUUAUUAUAAUAUGAGAAAGACAGCUUUAUUAAACAUAAAUAUGGGCUUCGACAUAAUACCCCAUUGAUCUGUUAUAAUAAACAUACUGUUCAUGAACCUUUUAUAACUUUAUAAUGGCCUAAAGCUGGUGUUUAAUCCAGGAGUUUUUAAUAGAAUUCACGCUGACUGUGGUAAAGUCAGGAGAACACUGUUGCUAGGCAACUGGGCAAUAUGGCCGAGGCUGAAGGAGGCUAACGAUUUAGCUAACACACAGCGGUCUUUCAUACAGACCGUGUAAACACACAGUGCCAGUGAAAAUGAGAAGACAGAUCCAUCAGGAGCUUCUACACUUACCUCAGAUGUGUUGGUAAAAAUUUUCUAAGCAAUGGUUAAACUUACACUGUAAUUACACUUAGCAUCGCCCGCUAGCUCACUCCGUCAGUGCGCUGUUGUAGCCUGCUAGCUAAUGGGCUAAUUAUUCGUUAUAUAAAUGUGUUGUAGUGUUUUGGGAGAACGUACUAAAGGUUACCGGUUUAAUAAUGACAGUUUUAAAGACUUUAAUGGCCAGAGUGAUGAUGUCACAUUGUGUUUUGUUGUUUUCUUCAGUUUUAGUGUGUGCUGUAUUUAAAUUUCACCUGUAGUAAAGCUGAUUAAAGAUCAUUUUGAGUGUGUAUAGAGCUGAUGAUGAUGCUGAAGCUGCUGUCUGUGGUUCGCUUUAUCAUUUUAAUAAUAAACAUUAAGAUUAACUUGUUCAAA